GGUCAUGUCGGGCAGCAUCAACGGAGACUGUUUGUUUAAAUUAUUACCCAUGCUGGCGGCUUGCAUGUGGAGUUAAUCGGAGUGGAAUGGGUAUAUAAAUGCGCUAUUGCAUCAGAAAAGCGCACGGGUCCGUUUAAUCAAUUACCACCAAGAUUCUAAUUGGACGCAUGACUGGAAGAACUCUGGGAUUCUGAACAGCCUAACGCCAGCGGAGAGGCAUACUGUAUUUAUUUCUUUAACGAUUAUGGGGUACAAACGAGGCGACGUGAUUAUGGAGAAUAAGCCCUGGGCUUAUAUUGUCAAUGAUGAUUACCGGGAUAAAUGCUGUCAUUAUUGUUUUACAAGUGAAAUUGCGGACGACCCUUUAUUUCCGAGCAAAACCAAUAAACUGCAACGCUGCUCCGGCUGCCGUUUUGCAUACUUCUGCAAUGCCUCCUGCCUGAAAUUUGCCUGGAAAGACCACAAAUUCGAAUGUCAACGUAUAAAAAAACUCCAAGAAACCAACACUCCCCUACCCACGGCCCAGGUGCGUCUAGCCGCCCGGGUCUUUAACAAAUACUUCCGUGGCGACAUCAUGGACCCGGCCUGCAGACCGACGUCCAAUCGGACGUUCCUCACGCUGUGGCACCAUGCUGAUAAGGUACGCGAGUCGGUUGGACAGUUGGCAGCGUACAAAAAGGUCAUGGGCGAAGUGCGCCAGUUUAUAGGGAACGAGAAUGUGCCUGUUAGUGAUGAUGAUGAACUGCUGCCGAUUUAUAACCGGAUAACCGUUAACAGUAUCAAUAUGGAUGAUGGUGAAGUCCAGAAAGGAAUAGGAGUCUUCCUGGGUGCGUCCAUGUUUGACCACUCCUGCCGGCCCAACGCGGACUUCUUCAUCCGCGAUCACGGCGCCACUAUCUACAUUGUGGCGCUGGACGACGUCCCCGAUAUCAGCUCCGUCCGGCUGCGAUACGGCGACGUCUUCGAGCCGACCUGGAAACGGCGCGAAUACCUGGAGAAAACCUACUUCUUCACCUGCGACUGCGAGUUAUGCCAGGACACCAAACGCGAUAACCUGUACCGCGCUGUCUGCUGCAGCAACUGCCGCGGACCCGUCCCACUAUCGGUGACCUUUAAAUCCACCGGCCCCUGUAGCCGCUGCAAGACGAUCCUCACCGCCGAUAUCCUCAAGCAAGCCAAACAGCUGAGUAGUGAGAUACCGCAAAUGUUGACACAAAGCGAACGACUGUUAUCAAAUCAGAGCCGGCUGGAUGGCGAGGUUAAAAGGGUCAAUUUCGUCGCCCUGCGGAAUGUUUAUAAUAAAUCGAUUAAAAAUGUCCUGCAUCCGUGGAACUGGGUGUACGUAAAGUUUGUGCAGCACAUCAUGGACUAUUACAUUCUGCUGGAGGGUGAAGAGGAUGUGGAGCUGCGUGCGCAAUGGUUUAUGGAGUGUGUGGAAGCGUACCGGCGCUUUGAUGUUAUGUCACCGACCCUGGGUGUGCGACUGGUGGUCGUGGCGGAGUUUUUGGCGCUGCAUGAGCGGUCUGACGAGGCUAAGCGGUAUUUUGAUGAGGCAGAGUCAAUUGUGCUGAUGUUUUUUGGGAAGGAGCAUAGUUUGUACCAGAGAAUGAGUAUGUCGCGCAGCGUGAUGGAACAGUUUGAAGUUGUCAAAGCGUUGCGGUUGUAAAUGGUGUGAUGAUGUCGUCGGAUGUCGUAAAGAUUUGACGGACUGUACAUCACAUAAUUUAAAUGCAUACAGAACAAGCUUGGAGUAAUAAUCGCAUUUACAUUUUUGCACAUUACCAAUAUUCCUGAUAAAAGUGGAA